GAAAAGUAAAGUAAAGAAUAAAAUAUGAAUCAAAUAGAAACAUAAGAAUAAAAUUAAAUAGAUCAAUGCUCUACGCAUAAAGGGUAUCCUAUAUAGUUUUUUAACACAAAUCUUUCUACUGACACAAACCAAAUAGGCUUUUGUUCUAGGUGUGUAACUAAGAAUCUAUUGUAAGGUAAGGAUUUACUGUUUUAUGCUGAUAUUGCUGAGUCAAGUGAUACAGAAAUUUUAACUAAUUGGCCUAUUAUGGAAGAUAAAAGUAUUCUAUCAAAUUUGAAGAAUACUCUAAAUGAAUAAAAAGAAUGCUUUUAAGAUGAAUUGUAAACGAUUGAACUGUUUAUAGAAGAACUAUAAUAUAAAUUAAACCAAAAAAUAUUAAAGAUGAAAAAAGCUGCUAUUAACUAUUUAUCUGAUAAAAUAGUAACUAAAUCCAGACUACUUGAGGUUUAUUAAAAUAUAUCAUGCAAAAAGGAAUUCUAAAACUAUAUUUAAUAGAUGUUGUAAGGAAACAAAUAAGGAUUAGAAUAAAUUAAUAACCUCAUCAAAGAAUCACAUAAAAACAGAAUUUAAAACUAACAAAUUAUUCAAGAGGAAUUUUAAAAAUUUUAAGAAAGCAAUCAAUUUCUUCAAUUGAAAUUUCCAAAGCUAAUCUAAAAGUAGAUAUUCUAAAAAUUAAAGCUAAUAAAACAUUACUUUCUCGACAAUCAUUUAAGAAAUGACAAAAUUAUAAAUAUAGAAACUUAAAACAAUAUUGAAGAUUUUCAAGAUUACAUUUCUUAAUGUGCAUCACCAUAUGUUUAACACAUUGAUUCUUUAAAAGAUUUAUAAUUUAAUCAUUUGUCAAAUCCUUAGUUUGAGUAUAUUAUCUAAACUGCGUAAUUUUAGAUAUAAAAGAACCAAUAUAUUAGUCAAUUAAAUGAAAACUAGUUUAGCGAACAAAGUCUUAGUAGUUUUAAGAAUAUUGAAAAAUUAACCAAAGAUUUUUAAAAUCUUACAUAAGAGUUUAAUAAAAAGCAAUAGCUAAUCAUGAAUGAAUUAAUGUUCAAGCAUAAAUAUGAACUUGAUGCAACAGAAAAUUAUUAAUUUAUCAAAUCUUUAAAGGACAAUUACAGCUAAACUAAUUAAAUUAUUAAGAAAAGCAAAGAAGGAUUAACAAAGAUCAAAUAAAAAAGUUCCUAGUUAAUGGUAUAAUUUUUUACCGAAAAAGCCAUAGAUCCAUCUAAAAAGUACACCAUUCAAUUUGAAUUUAAACCAUUCAUAGGUGACGAAAAUAGCUACAAAAUAGCUAUAGGAGUUAUUUAAAAAUCUAAAUGUAAUUAGCAAUGGCUUGAUUAAGAAAAUCUAUCUCUCUCUGAUUUAUUUUUUUCAAACCAUGUUAGCAAUAAAUUUAAUUUAAGUAAAAAGGGUUAUCUCUUUAACAAUAGCCAAAUAAGGCGUUCUGAACUAAUGAGAAAAUUAGAGUUUUAGUUUUGCUUAUAAGAUAAGUUCUUUUAGAUUGCUGAUUACCCUGAUUAUAAAAAUGUCACUUAAGCAAAAGAGGAAGAAGUGGCAAGAUAUUAAUCGAGUUAAGAAUAUGUAUUUGGAAUAGAGCACUAUUCAAUAAAAUCUAUCAAAAUUUUGAAGUUUGUUGAAGGAUUCAUGAUAAACAAUUGA